AUACUACUGUUCAGUCAAGAUGUCAAUCGUCCAAGCCAAUGUAGUGUGGUGCAUUGUUUUUGCGAUUUUACCCAAUGUCUUUGAGCAGACCUCAGGAGCGUACCUUCGGUGCUAUCGUGGCUCCUUCAACAACUACACUGAAGUUCCACUGACCAAUCCCGACUCGCUCCUGACCGCCCGCAACCCCUGCAUCGACAAAAAAAAAUGGACCGUAAUCGUAGGCAAUGGAUAUAACAACGAUGUCGAAAAUGGUCCAGCAAUAACCACACUGCUAACGAAAUACAGUUCUCUGGGGACUGUCAAUGCAGUUCUGCUGAACUGGUCCAAAGAAUCCAAAGGCAUAGGACUUUUAGGGAUACUGAAUUAUCCCACUGCAGUCACUAAUUCACUGAUUGUUGCCAAACAACUAGCCAAGGCAGUGAUAAGAUUGGUAGAGCUUGGGAUGAGUAAAAAGAUCCACUUCGUCGGACACUCUUUGGGUGCGCAUCUAUUAGGGCAGGCUGGACGUGAAACUAUCAAACAGAGUUUGACCAUACCAAGGCUCACUGGCCUGGACCCCGCGCGCGUGGGUUUCGACCCCUACUGGGCGUACCCGCCAGUGGACACCAGCAGCGCCGGCUUCGUGGACAUCAUCCACAGCGACUUCGGCGGCUACGGCCUGAACAAGUCCAUCGGCCACGUGGACAUAUGGGUCAACUACGGACUCUACCUGCAAGGCAUUAGGAGGCAGCCGGGGUGCAACAAGAGCUAUACGCUUGAGGAGAUUGGCAGUGGAGGAAACAGAUGCAGCCACGACCGCAGCUGGCAAUAUUACAGCGUUUCCCUGACCAGCACCAAACUGUUCGUGGCAGGGCCGGCUUGCAACUACUGCGACUGGCUCGCUCAGAACGGAAUCUUCGUCAACGUAACCUAUAUAGGGCCGAAAGUUAAUCUACAGAUAAAAGGCAACAGUUUCUUGACUACAUCGGACACACAGCCGUGGGGCAAAGGAAAAAAUGGACUUGUGCCCUAAGAAUGAAUUUCUUAUUAAUUAAUGAUAAAUUUUUCAUUAAAAGUCAUUUCAUGUUA